CAUUGAUUCCUUUUCCUUGCCCUGCUCCAUUGCCUCAUUAAAAAAGUCUGGAAGGUAAGAAAUAAAUAGUGUAGACCAGAAAACUCUGCUAGCAAGCAGCAUUAUGCAUUUGGUACAGAACAUACUGGAGUAAGGAAAGUGCAGAGAUCACAGCUUUGUCUCCUUUUCAUCUUGCUGUUGCUGCAUUAAGAAUGGACAGAUGUAGACAGACCUUCCAUGACCCUUCGGUAGACGAGCCUUGAAACACUGCAGUCUUUAGCUUCUGAAUGGAGGAUGGCUUUCUGCAUGAGAUACCAAGCAGAGGCCUCGGUCCAGAACCUGUGACAUUGCUGCCUGUGUGUUGGGAAGAAAACUAAGGCGAACUGCUGUGAAGUGAGACAGAAGUGGUAAAAUAUAAUUUGCUUAAAAUUUACCACCAGAAGAGAAACAAAAAUUAAAAAAAAAUCUUGCUGAUCCUUUGUAAAUACUGAUCUGUCAGUCAAUUUUAAAAGUCAAGGAAAAGUACAAGUCAGAGAAAUCUUUCCAGUGAAAAGAGAGAAAGUAUACACAUCCAGUUUGUAAACAAGUUGUCACAAGAAAGUACUGUGUAGGACAGAGAGGUGAAACAGCAUUUUGGUACUACAGGAAUCCUUCAGGAAUCACAUCAGCCAGGUCAACAUGCAACAGAGGAAGCUAUUGCUAUUUCUGGCAUCCUGUGCUUUCUGUUUCACAAGUGGACAGAGUUGCGAAAGUAAACGCCAACUCCUAAACACUGUUCGUCAAAUGCAGAAGCUGUUAUCAUCACAGGAAGCUACUUACCUGCAGGGUGUUCGAAAUUUGAAGAAGCAGUUAUCCCGUUUGCAGAGUUCAAUUCAAAAACAGACGAUGAAAGGCAAUGAAACCUGUCCAAAGCUGGGUGCUCCCACCAAUGGAAAAAAAUUUGGUAACAAGUUCCUGAUUGGGCAUGAAGUGCACUUUACAUGUGAUCCUGGAUUCCAGCUUAUAGGCUCUGAGUCAUUGGUCUGCAAAGAUGACCGGUCCUGGAGUGAACAGCAACCCUUCUGUAAAAAUAUAGAUGAAUGUGCCAGUCGGCCUUGUGUAAAUGGUGGGACAUGUGUAGAUGAUAUCAACCGAUAUACUUGCUUAUGUCCCAGCAGCUGGUCUGGAAUUAACUGCCAAAACCCACUACAUUCCUCCUGGUCCAUGACAAACAUUUCCAGUUUUGGACGACAGCCACGUUGUACAGUAAUCAAUGGCUCCCAACACUGUAGUUGUGAUGUGGGCUACCAGAUGACUGGGAGACCGAGUGCAACUUGCCAAGAUAUUGAUGAGUGUGAGCUUUUCCAUCAUGAGCAUUUCAACCGCCUCUGCAUCCACAGCUGUGUCAACACGCCAGGGUCGUACCAGUGCACCUGCCCUACAGGCUACAACCUCCAUGCAGACCGACACAAUUGUAAUGAUAUUGAUGAGUGUUCAAAGAAUCUGCACAACUGUAACCAUGAUGAGAUCUGUGUGAAUGGUUUUGGUGGCUUUCACUGUGUUCGACCUGAGUGCCCCAAACCUCGCCCAGGCAUCAGCUAUGUGAAGACAUCAUUACUUCAAUGUGAACGGAACCCAUGCCAUAUGGAAAGUCGAGGCUGUCGAUCAGCUGCAAACUCCAUUUCCUUCCAUUACUUCCCAGUACGCUCAAAUAUGUCUGUUCCCAGAUCCCUUUUCAAAAUGUCGACAUCCCGCCUCAGAGGAGACAGCUUGAGAUUUGCCACGGUAGGAGGCAAUGGGCACAACCUGUUCAUCAUCCAGCGGUCAGACAGGCAGACUGGAGAGCUAAUUCUCACAAGCCCAGUGCUUGGCCCUGCGACUCUGGAAGUUGAGUUGGAAAUGACAGAAUUCUCAAAAAAGAGCCUCCUGGUCAAGUACAUCUCCAAAGUCACCAUCUUUGUUUCACAGUAUGAUUUCUAGGAUGGAAACUUUAGCUGAUUCCCAUAGUAGAACAUGCACCUUAUUUGCAGCAUCAUUUACCUCAUGAAAGAAUCAUUAAGCUGGUAAGGGACAGCCUCAGACAGGCUGUUAUAGAAAUUGCUUGCACUGCAUUAAGAGACUUCAGAAGGAAAGGAAAUAAAUUGAAGACCAUUUUGGUGACUAUCAGAUGGAUUACUUACUAAUAUCUUAACUUCUGAUUUCUGUCUUUAAAUUAUAUAAAAUUAUACUGGCAAACAUCUGAAAAUGGUCUUACACAUAUAUGCUAUUACUUUUGCCUUAUAAAACAGUAUAACUCCAACAAUAGUAACAGUAACAGACUUACUGACAUUGACUGUGGCUACUCACAUAUUUCUGAAGCCCCUGUUAAUUCCAUGAUACUAGUUGUCAAUGUUCUGGACUCUUUAGAUGUUAACAAUUUUUUCAGUCUGUCAGCAAAUAAAUUAACUGCAGGAGAAAGGUUCGUAAUAUAGCACAGAAGAUUAUGGGUAAACACUGUGAAUAAGCCAUUACCUGGCAAUUAACACAGAGAAUUAAGGCUCUGAGCAUUUAAUGAGCUGCUACAUGUAGUCAGAGGUACAGGGUUUGAUUCACUCCACCUCCAUUUGUAUGACUCUGAGUAGGUCAUUUAGAAAGACAACUGCCCCAGGUUCGAUCUGAAAAGGGGCACUUUGUCCCAUGGCAUAUCUGGUUGACAAAUUGUUAAAACUGAAUAAAUAAUACCUUUAUGUUUCACCUGCAUGCUGUGUGACAAAAUCACUUAAGGAACUUGUGUUUAUCGUGGAGUCUUACCUUAUAAAAAUGAUUGAAUGAGUAAAUUUCUAAAUAAAUAAGUAAAACUGACAGAUAACUAGAGCAAGGGCUCAUAUGCUAUGCAUGUAACCUGUUUUUUGCUUUUCAACCAUUUAUAAUGUCAUUGUACAUGCAGCUAUAAAUGAAUUUAGUUACCUGAUGGAUGAAAUACACACAGCCUGUAAUGUCUCUUCAAUGUCACAUUAUUCCUUAAACUCAAAAUAAAAGUGUCAACAUGCAUAAUUUAUACUCAGAUGAUUUCUGCCAUAAGAAUUUUGGAUUUUGUUCUGCAGUUCAGUAUUAUUAAUGAUCACUGAUAGAUAAGCAGUGAUAAUGCUUUAAUGUUUAUAUAAUACAAUUAAUAGGUUUACAGUUGUGAUUUAAUACUGUUACAUGUACAUUUAUGCAGAUUACAUAUAGUAAACAGAAACUUGUAAAAUAUCUAGCCUUUCCUUCUUAUCUAUGUGUUUAGACCAUGCAGUAUAUAAUAUGUACGUAGAACUGCUACUGUAUUUUAACUGUUUGUAUUUUGUUUUCUUCAUGUAGAUUGUAAAACUGUCUAACUACAACACAAAAAUACAAGUUAAGCAUUUCUCUUGCAACCAGUUUUCAUUUUUCCCUUAGAUUGCUUCCUUUUUGUCCCUCACAAUUUAAAGAUAUCCCCCAGGUUCCUGAAAUUACAAGCUGUAGCUCUCAUUUUACCCUUUUAAAAGACCUGUGCAGUUCACAUCUGCCGGCCCCUGUAAUAUUAAAUUCUUUUUUUUAGCCUUGGAGAUUUUACUGUAAAUGCUACUCAGUUGUAAAGCAGGUCUUCCAUUCCACCCAGCAAAGCUCUUAAAUCCUUUCCUGUUGAUAUAUUUGAUUAUCAUCAGCACUAUUUCUGGUAUGAAUUGUAAUAGAAUUUUACUGAUGAUUUUUUACCUUAUGAUAUAUGCAACCACACUGCACAGACAUAUGGUAAUAUAAUGUCUGACAAUGUAGCUGGGUAAAGCUAAGCUCUACUAGCAUGUAUUUCUGUGUAGUCCUAGGUUUCGUUCUAUCAGAUUCUGCUUACAUACUGUAUAACUGAGCAAGUUAGUAAACAAACUGAAAUCUAGUUUGCCAGUGUAAUGUGGCCUUUGUGUCUAGUAGGCUUACCUGGCUAACACAUUAAUAAAAUAAUACAUGAUUGCAACAUCAGUUCUAUAAUCUCAUCUUUCUUUACCUUAAUUUCAUUGCCUUAGUUUCUUUUCUCCAAGAUUGUACACAUUCCAUAAAAAAUACACUCAAGGCUGUCACUUUCAUUGCAUCUAGCAGAUUUUGUUCUCUGUACCAGUCUGCAUUGGGUAGUUAUUGAAAAUAUUUCCUGUUCUUGUAUCCACACAUUAUACAGUUCAAAAAUUGGUUGUGAUGUUUUACAUUAGGCUAAAGCUUGGAGGGCAUCAUACCUCUCAAAUGUCUAGAUUUUCACAGAUUGUCCAGAUUUUUCCCUCAUAUUUUUGGUCUGUUUCUCAUAAAAUUGGGGUUUUCUGGCUAAUCAUUGGCAAGUCAUUGAGGACUGAAGUUAGAAAAGAAUGAAAGUCAUUUGAGUUUCAGAAUUCUUAGAUUUCAGAAAAUUUAAUUUGUCAUCCCAUUAUUUAUGGCUUUGUCCAGAUUUCUUGUUCUUAGAGGAUGAGAGGUAUGGAGGGCAUGCUUAGGCCCCAUGGAUAUAAGAAACCCUCUUCAAAGACAUAAAUAUAAACAGGAGUAUAACAUUAUACUUGCCUAGUUUGAAUGAAGAUCCAUCCAUAGACAGGCUAUUCAAGCACAUGGGGACAGUGGGAGAGUAACAGCCAUUUCUUGCAAGCAGUCUUCCCAAAGAUCAGUGGAUGCAGUGAGUAAAUAUCUUUUAUAUCAGAAUUCAGAAGCCCCCUUCUGUGGGUAACUGUUGGAAAAUAAUCCUAGAAAUUACAAAUUAUACCUACUAGGAAGUCCAGCGAGUCCUAAAGCAGCAAGGUACAUAUGAAGACUCUACUGUGUGAAUUGCACUCCAAGAAAUAAUACUUGGUUGAGCUUUAAACUGCUGUUUAGAUGGUUGUAGCACAAACAGCCAUAAUCGUGAUGGAUGCAUCCUUAAAAGUAUCUUCAAGUGUGUUUGAUGCUGCAGAAAUAAUUCAUGAUAAUUCCAGCAGUCAGAUAUUACUCAAACUAUUUAACUUAGUGAGCUAAAAAAGUGUUUUUAUGCAAAAUAUAAUCUCUUUCACCAAAAUACCAGUUUAGUUUUAUACAGGUACCAGCUUAGUUUAACGAGAACAGAAGGCUAUAUGUCUACUCCAGAAACUCUACUUUUAUUAAGCACCAUUAAGAGAAAGAAAAAGAAAAGCAAUAAUACUAAUUUUAAAAUCUUUAUGUUGUAAGAAAGAGAAGAAUAUGAAGAAUAUAUUCAGCAAAAACAUGGCUGUUUGCACAGUUAUGGUCCACUGGCAUUCCCAUGAUUCUUUAAUAGCGAAGGUUUAUUCUUUAUUACCAAAACACCUGAGCCAAACAUUAACCAUUCCAGGAGUUCCCUAGUAAAAGGAAUGGCAACUGCAUCCAUUUAUUUUGUAUCAUUACCCCUCUUUAUCCUUUGCCUAAAACAUGGUCUUUUUUCCUGAACUCAUGCACCCUUUUCUGAAAGAACUGAGGUAAAAGUACACAUAGCUCACAACUGUCCCGUAUUGUGUCAAAAAUGUUUUUACUUAACAACUUUGGUAGUUGCAGAUAAAAUGUUUUAUUCUGAAAUAAAAAUGUAUACUAACACAAA